CUGGUCAUCGCGGAGAAGGGGCUGCCCUGCGAGGAGCGGGACGUCAGCAUGCCCCUGAUGGAGCACAAGGAACCCUGGUUCAUGCGGCUCAACCUGGGGGAGGAGGUGCCCGUCAUCAUCCACAGGGACAACAUCAUCAGCGAUUACAACCAGAUCAUCGACUACAUGGAGAAGAACUUCAUCGCAGAAAACGUCACCCAGCUGAUCCCUGAGCCGGGCAGCCUGCUGCACUCGCGGGUGCUGCAGUAUCGGGAGCUGCUGGACUCGCUCCCCAUGGACGCCUACACGCACGGCUGCAUCCUGCACCCCGAGCUCACCACCGACUCCAUGAUCCCAAAGUACGCGACCGCUGAGAUCCGCAGACAUUUAGCUAACGCCAACACGGAGCUGAUGAAGCUGGACCACGAAGAGGAGCCACAGCUAUCAGAGCCCUACCUCUCCAAGCAGAAGAAACUCAUGGCCAAGAUCCUGGAGCACGACAACGUGAACUACUUGAAGAAGAUCCUGGGCGAACUGGGGAUGGUGCUAGACCAGAUUGAGGCUGAGCUGGAGAAGAGGAAACUGGAGUACCAAGGUAGGCGCUGGGCUGCGUUU